GCAAGAAGCCUCGCCGCUGUCACCAUUGGGCAUUGGCAAUUGGUUCAGGGGGAACGGCGCGGAACCAAUGGGAGCGGUGGCUCGGGAGAGUCCUUGGAGCGCGCGGGAAAGAGACCAAUAUAAACUGUGGCGGGAUAGUUUUCGGGUCCUUGUCCAGUGAAACACCCUCGGCUGGGAAGUCAGUUCGUUCUCUCCUCUCCUCUCGUCUUGUUUGAACAUGGUGCGGACUAAAGCAGACAGUGUUCCAGGCACUUACAGAAAAGUGGUGGCUGCCCGAGCCCCCAGGAAGGUGCUUGGUUCUUCCACCUCUGCCACUAAUUCAACAUCAGUUUCAUCGAGGAAAGCUGAAAAUAAAUAUGCAGGAGGGAAUCCCGUUUGCGUGCGCCCAACUCCCAAGUGGCAAAAAGGAAUUGGAGAAUUCUUUAGGUUGUGCCCUAAAGAUUCUGAAAAAGAGAAUCAGAUUCCUGAAGAGGCAGGAAGCAGUGGAUUAGGAAAAGCAAAGAGAAAAGCAUGUCCUUUGCAACCUGCUCACACAAAUGAUGAAAAAGAAUAGAACUUUCUCAUUCAUCUUUGAAUAACGCCUCCUUGUUUACCCUGGUAUCCUAGAAUGUAAAUUUACAUAAAUGUGUUUGUUCCAAUUAGCUUUGUUGAACAGGCGUUUAAUUAAAAAAUUUAGGUUUAAAUUUAGAUGUUCAAAAGUAGUUGUGAAAUUUGAGAAUUUUUAAGACUAAUUAUGGUAACUUAGCUUAGUAUUCAAUAUAAUGCAUUGUUUGGUUUCUUUUACCAGAUUAAGUGUCUUGUUCUUGCUAAAAUCAAGUCAUUGCAUUGUGUUCUAAUUACAAGUAUGUUGUAUUUGAGAUUUGCUUAGAUUGUUGUACUGCUGCCAUUUUUAUUGGUGUUUGAUUAUUGGAAUGGUGCCAUAUUGUCACUCCUUCUACUUGCUUUAAAAAGCAGAGUUAGAUUUUUGCACAUUAAAAAAAUUCAGUAUUAAUUAAACAUUACUUACUCUACCCUUUUUUUGGCAAGGAGGACAAAUACGCAAUGUUGCGAAACCUUGGAUGGAUAUCUUCUCUUUAAAAAAAUGUAAAGAUAAUUUGGUCUUGAGGGUUUAAACGGUUGAUAAUGCCUCUAUAACAACAAUAAGAAAAAAGAUAAAAUACUAGGAUAGAAUCAUGGUGGGCACAGUGGCUUCUCAGGAGGCUGAGGAGGGAGGUUUGCUUGAGUCCAGGAGUUGGAGACCAGCCCAGGCAACAUAGCGAAACCCUAUCUCUAAAAAUAUUUUUAAAAAGGCUGGGUGCAGUGGCUCACACCUGUAAUCCCAGCACUUUGGGAGGCCGAGGAAGGUGGAUCACCUGAGAUAGGAGUUCAAGACCAGCCUGGCCAACAUGGUGAAACUCUGUCUCUACUAAAAAUGAAAAAAUGAGCCAGGCAUGGUGGCACAUGCCUGUAAUCCCAGCUACUCAGGAGGCUGAGGCAGGAGAAUCCCUUGAACCUGGUAGGCGGAGGUUGCAGUGAGCCGAGAUUGUGCCACUGCACUCCAGCCUGAACAACAGAGUGAGACAAUGUCU